UUUUCAAACUUUACUCUUUUGCAAGAAACAGCAGAUAAGCCUCUUAUUUACCAAUUUAGAAAUUUUUUUCACGCUCAGCACCAGGCAAAUUACCCAUCAUAUUAUCACCGAAUCAUUGCCUACGUCUGUGCAUACGACAGCACGGCGUGUUUAUGGUAGGUAAGAGGCACGAACGGUUACCAUUGUAAUUGCUUUAAAAGAGGGCAGAUAUUUGGCGAGCUGAGAGGAGGAGAAGCAGCAGUGGCUGAUUGCCAUACGAGCAAGAACAACUGCAAGUACAACGACGAGACGACGAGACGACGAGAAAAGAGAGAAAACGAAAAUGAGCGGUGGAGCAGGGAAGAUCGUGUGCGUCACCGGAGCCUCCGGUUACAUUGCUUCCUGGCUUGUGAAGCUCCUUCUCGUCCGUGGCUAUACUGUCAAGGCCUCUGUUCGUGAUCCAAAUGAUCCCAGAAAGACUGAACACUUACGCGCACUUAAAGGAGCUGAGGAGAGACUUCAGCUGUUUAAAGCAAACCUACUGGAAGAAGGUUCCUUUGAUGCUGCUGUUGAAGGGUGUGAAGGUGUUUUCCAUACUGCAUCUCCUUUUUAUCAUGAUUUUAAGGACCCACAGGCUGAAUUAAUUGAUCCUGCUUUGAAGGGAACACUUAAUGUUCUUAACUCAUGUGCAAAGGUCCCAUCAAUCAAACGAGUUGUCUUGACAUCAUCAGUUGCUGCAGUUGCUUACAAUGGAAAACCUCGGACUCCAGAGGUAGUAGUGGAUGAAACUUGGUUUUCUGAUCCGGACUUCUGUAAGGAAUCAAAGCUUUGGUAUUUGCUCUCAAAGACCUUGGCUGAGGAUGCUGCACGGAAAUUUGCAAAAGAGAAGGGCAUAGACCUGGUUGUCAUAAAUCCAGCAAUGGUGAUUGGUCCUCUCCUACAACCAACGCUUAAUACAAGUUCUGCUUCAAUUUUAAGCUUGGUAAAAGGAGCACACACUUUCCCCAAUGCAACUUUUGGAUGGGUAAAUGUUAAAGAUGUUGCCAAUGCACAUGUACAAGCAUUUGAGAUUCCGUCAGCAAGUGGACGAUAUUGUUUGGCUGAGAGAGUUGCACACUACUCAGAAUUAGUCAACGUCUUGCGAGAGCUUUACCCUGAUUUCCAACUUCCAGAAAAGUGUGCAGACGAUAAGCCUUACGUGCCAACGUAUCAGCUGUCCAAGGAAAAAGCAAAGAGCCUGGGUAUUGAUUUCAUUCCCUUGAAUGUGAGCUUGAAGGAAACAGUUGAAAGCUUGAAGGAGAAAGGGUUUAUCAUAUUUUGAGCAUCUCUAACCUUCCGACCAUCUUAUGAUAAUAAAUAAACAUGGGUUGCCUUGCUCCUGAACCUGUGCUUCUAUGGUCUUUGUUUGGUUUGCUGUCUCUACUAAGAUGAUUUACAUUUGUAAGCAUUAAAUGGAACAAUUGCCCUAUUUAGCUCCUUUUA